AUGAAGGCGCUUUUCCAUCGCCCCAAGACCAAUGGGGUAAGCCCGCCCUUCCCUGCGAGCAUCAUCCCUCACGCGCGGUGGUACAGCAGAGCGUGUGCCCUCGUCGCGCUCGCGAGCGCCCCUUCGCCCACCCCGGCGCCGGUCAAGAAGGAACCGCAGACUCCCCAGAUGUCCCCGCUCGAGAAGAGGUUACAAGACAUGGGUGCGAUCCGCGGUGAUGGAAGUGACAAGUUUUUCGGUAUGGAAAACAUCAGGUAUACUGACCCUACGGGCCAUUCGCCUGUCCAGUAUGGCAAUACGUGCUACUGCAAUUCAAUCCUCCAAUGUCUCUACUACUCUGUCCCUUUCCGCGAAGCCGUGAUCAACUACCCGCAACGCACCCCGGUCGAAAGUCUCGAAGCAGCCCUCGCCAAGAACCUCCGAUUCCAGAACCCCAAUGCACACCUCGAAGCCGAGGCCCUGGCGGCCAAGCAGAAGGCUACUGCUCCAUCGCCGACAUCACGGGGGGCCGGAGUUCCUCCCAACCAACCCCAAAAACCGGAGGACAAGGAUUCACCGGAAUAUAAGAAGAAGGUCGCCCUGCAGACGAUGCCGAUUCUCGAAACCAAGAACAAUGCCGCCAGUUAUGGCAUGUCGGAGUCGCUCUUCACUUCUCUUAAGGAUAUUUUCGAGUCGUUGGUCGGAAGUCAAUCACGAACGGGAAUUGUCCGGCCACAACAAUUCCUAGAUGUGCUUCGCCGCGAGAACGAAAUGUUUCGGACUCCAAUGCACCAGGAUGCGCACGAGUUUUUGAAUCUUUUGCUCAACGAGGUGGUUUCGAACGUCGAGGCCGAAGCCACAAAACAAAGCUUCGUGGAGAAGCCACUUCCACCCACCGAGAGUGCAGACUCACUGGGCAUGUUGACGACCAGCACCGGCUCAAAAUCACCGAAUACAACGCGAUGGGUGCAUGAGUUGUUCGAGGGAACACUGACAUCAGAAACAAAGUGUUUGACCUGUGAGAAGGUAUCCCAGCGUGACGAAGUAUUCUUGGAUCUUUCUGUGGACCUGGAGCAGCACUCGUCUGUCACCUCGUGCCUCCGGAAGUUUUCAGCCGAGGAGAUGCUCUGUGAACGAAAUAAAUUCCAUUGCGACAACUGCGGUGGGCUCCAAGAGGCAGAAAAGCGAAUGAAGAUCAAGCGCCUGCCUCGGGUCUUAGCUCUGCACCUCAAGCGUUUCAAAUAUACGGAAGAUCUUCAACGACUACAAAAGUUGUUCCACCGCGUCGUCUAUCCUUACCAUCUCCGUCUAUUUAAUACCACGGAUGAUGCCGAAGACCCGGAUCGUCUCUACGAGUUAUAUGCGGUGGUUGUUCAUAUCGGCGGAGGCCCGUACCAUGGCCACUACGUUGCCAUCAUUAAGACAGAGGAUCGAGGUUGGUUGCUUUUUGAUGAUGAGCUGGUGGAGCCAGUGGACAAGAAUUACGUGCGGAACUUCUUUGGAGACCGGCCAGGACUUGCAUGCGCCUAUGUGCUAUUCUAUCAGGAGACAACUCUCGAGGCCGUUCUUCGAGAGCAGGCCCAGGAGGACCAGGCCUCUUCGACUGCUGCAUCGGACGUGGGAGAUGCCGGAAAGACUAAUGGAUAUCCCCUGAACUCGAACUUGCAUCAUGUGAACAGCGCAUCUCAGUUGCCUUCGGAGGACCACGGCCGCUUCGUUCCUAUCCACAGGACCUCAACAGCGCCCCAAAUGAUGCCCACUCACCACGAGGGCCCCGAACUCGAGCCCUCUUCAGCGCCUGCUGGAGCACCUGCCGUCCAACCUCCCCAACCACCGCUACCUCCAAUUCCUGACGAACAACCGCCGCCUUUAAGCCCAAAGAAGAGUGACGUUGCCGCCAAGAAGGAGAAGGCACGUCUCAAGGCUGAAGAGAAGGAAAGGGAGGCACGUCUCAAAGCAGAAGAGAAAGAGCGGGAGAAGGCUGAGAAGAAAGGUCGCAAAGAGGCAGAUCAGCAACGGCAACAGGCAGUGCAGCGCGAAGCCGAGGAGCUUCGAAUUGCCAUCGAACGAAGCAAGGCGGAAUUGAAUGAUGUUGGACCUGAGAAUGGCUCUCCUAAGAAGUCAUUCAAUUUCAUCAAGCGCAGUAGCCGGAGUCUCAGCCAGCGCCUCAGCAAGGACAAAGAGCCUCGCAUGUCUAUGUCGGAUCUGGCAUCCCCGCCACUCCCCGAAACCCCCACCACUGAAUCAGAGGCGGAACGGUCAGCAGUGCCUUCGAAAGAUGCACCCAGUCCCAAUAUCUCGAAUCCUAAGUUGCUCUCCCGCGCAGGCCCACCUCCGGUUAAGGAAAACAAGAUCGAAAAGACUGGUCACACCCACCGCUGGCGAUCACUCAGUUUCAAGAAAACGACAUGA